AUGCCAUCCUUACUUGAUGUCAUUAUGUCUGAAAGCCACCACUUCCUGGAACAAUCAUAUCAGAGUAUGGCAUUAUGCAUGGCCACAAAGGAGAGGCCCCAACAGGUAUCAAGUACUUGGAGACAACUGCUAUAUGCCACUGUUCCCAGUGAAACCAGUGCUGAUGGUGUGUCUAGAGGGAAGUUGAAGGAAUGUAGCCAGAGUGCACUGCACUCCGCUUCUUCACAUACCACACAGGAGCCCAUUACUACAUUUCCUGCAUCCAAAACAACAGCUUCUGUGGAUAACACAACACUGAAAAGAGAGAACUCCUUUUCAUUCAUCUCCGCACCGGAGACCACGAGGGCAAUAUUUACCCCAGAAUCACUGACUACACCUAAUGAAGCUUCUGUGGAUAACACAACACCGGAAAGAGAGAACUCUUUUUCAUCCACCUCCGCACCAGAGACCACUAGGGCAAUAUUUACCCCAGAAUCACUGACUACACCUAAUGAAGCUUCUGUGGAUAACACAACACCGGAAGGACAGAAUUCCUUUUCAUCCACUUUCACGCCAGAGAGCACUGGAGCAAUAUCAACCCCACAACCAGAGACUACAGCUAAUGAAGCUAUAGUUACCACACAAGAGACCAGUACAACUAUUCCUCCAGCUACUACACAGGAGCCCAUUACUACAUUACCAACUCCUCCACCUACCACACGAGAGCCCAGUACUUCAACAAUACUCCUUACCACACAGCAGACCAGUAUGACUAUCUCUGACCAUUACAUAGCAUCAGGAGAAACGGCUCCACCUGAUAGUAGUGAAGCACCCAAGACACCUGUGGCACUUACAUGUCUCCCAGAAUACAUGCGUGCAGUCAUUAGAAAAGCCUAUAUCAGGUCAAAAGGCUAUUUUUCAUGGAAUUUUCACUUGAAUGACCCAACCUGUAGACCUAUGGUUACAAAAUCCGAUGUUAUAUUCCAUAUACCUUAUGAUGGCUGUGGUACAAAAAGUAAGGUAAAUAAUGGGACUAUUGACUACUCCAACACAGUCAGAGCAUCCACUUCUGAUAAGUUCAUCACCAGGGCAAAGAGGCCUCAGUUACAUUUCACUUGCAGAAUGAACCAGAGCAUGAUAGUGGACAUCAUGCACAUCGUCAACGAGUCCGACUCUUUAGAAACUGAUGAAACUCAGUAUGGACGAUUCAAUGUGAAACUUUCCUUUUAUGAAGCACCAUCAUUUUCAAGCCCCGUGAAAAUUUUCCCAUACUUUGUUGACCUAAACCAGGACUUAUACAUUCAAGCCACUCUCUACAGCCUUGAUCCAAAUCUGAUGUUGUUUAUAGACACAUGUGUAACAUCUCCUGAUUCCCAUGACUUUACAACUGUGAAAUACGAUUUAAUCAAGAGAGGGUGUGUAAAAGACGAUACCUACACUGCUUACUAUUCAUCAAACAAAAAAAUUGUUCAGUUCCAUUUUAAAGCCUUUCAGUUUUUUAAUGGAUACUCUACAGUUUACCUCCAGUGCAAAAUGGUGGUGUGCAAGGUGUAUGAUACUUCUUCCCGAUGCUACCAGGGCUGUGUAACUAGGACCAAGAGAAAUACAAGUUCUGGCCAGGAAAAUGUGACAGUUGUUGGGCCAGUUAAACUCAAGUAAAAGAAUCCCAGUAACUCAGAUGGGCAUAUUGUCAAUUUAAUGUGAUGUUAUUUCAAUCGCUUUUAACAUAAAAAGGAUUGGUUCAUUGCAUGAUUUCCUGCUGAUGAGCUCUAGUAACAUUUCUACCAGUGUAGCAAACCCUAACAAACAGAGUACUUGAUUAGUGACGGUAUACAUCUGUCUUUACCAUUCCCUAAUUUCAAAUCUGUUGCAUUUACUUCCUAGACAAAUAAAAGCCUAUACUUCUCAUCAAUAAAUAAUCUUGGUUAUAAAAGUAUAGGUGAACCAGAUGAUUGAUUUUCUGAUCUAGACUUCGUGACAACAGAAUCUUCUUAUGUCUAUACAAAUUCCCCCUUUGUUUUACAUCAUACUACCGCUGAAUAGCAUGAGUGUUUAUAGUUUAAGAACAAUUAGCUUAUAUUAUAAUUAUAUAACUAUAUUUUUAUCUCAACUCACAAUGAUUCACUGCUGAGCUUCAUACUUGAAAAGAUGAAAACAGAAGCAUCUGUGUUUAUACUUAUUAAAUAUAGAAUAAAUGCGUUAUGAUGCUUGAAAAUUAUGGAGAUGGACACAUUAAAAUUGCUUAAAGAGAGAGACAUAUGGCAUGUAAAUUCUAAGUUCUGCCUCUAAUUUAAGAGAUUAGGAGCUUCAUGUUUUGUGUCUUGAACUAAAUUGAUAUUGUGACAAAGUUCCUCUUCUAUCUUGGUGGGUCCUGCGCUUAUUGGUGAAUUUGCUUGCCUCCGAGAUUCACCAUGUGGGUUGGGGAACAGCCCAGAGACCUUCCCC